GCGCAGACGCCGCCAGAGCUGGAUCAGUGCAUGUGCAUCCAGCAUCUGUUUGCGCUACUUAAGAAGUCGGAGCGGGGUUCGUCCGCUGGCCGCGGGAGCCUACCUCCGGAGGCGGCAGGCGAUGCGCAGUGCGCGGUUGGCAAGACCGGGGGCAUUGAUGCGGCAUUUAACACCACCCAGACCAUGGUCGAUGCAGGGGGGGCGACCGGCGUGCUCAGCGUGGACAUCUCGAACGGUGGCGCUGGGGCCCUUGAGCAGGGCGCCGGCUCGGCGCAAGGGCGCCCCCUCAGCGCGCUCUUCUCCGCCGUGGCAAUCGCUGAUCCCAUCGCGGCUGCUGUGGCGCAGUGUCGGCGUGAGGACUUGCAUGUACGUGUAGUCGCGCAUGCGGAUGACCUCUACGUGGCUUGGCCCGCGCAGUCCCUGGGCAGGGCUCGAUGCGUCCUCGAGCAGCACAUGGCCACUGUCGGUCUGCAGUUCAACGGCGACAAGACCAAAGUGUGGGUCACGGACAACGCGGCCGCGGGCCUUUUGCCCCCUGAUCUGCACGCUUGGCGGGCACCGGAGCUCCUAAUGUUAGGGUGCACCCUAUAUUGGCGCGGCCGGGGCGUCUCCUUGAACGUUGGGUUCGGCGCGUCUGCGUUCAAGUUCGGGGCCAUGACUGCCCGCGUCACGAAUCUCGGGAAGCAGCUAUAUGAUUUCGUGGGCCGGGGGAUGUCUGUGCAAAUGGCGGCCGCAAUCUUCCGUUACUCUGCCGUGGGCUGCCCGCAACAUAUGCUGCGUGCGCAGCUGUGGCCGCGUGAGGUUCUGCAGGAGGGUGGCUUGUCCGUGGGCUUCGUUUCUGAAAGGGCUCACGCUGCUUUCUUCGCGGGCUGGGGGCUCGACCUUGCAGCCAGGGCGCAAAGAUCUCAAGUGUUCGCGCCUCCCGCAGUCUCGGGCGCUUUGCUGGCCACGCAGCGCGACGCACAGCUGGCAAAGGUAGCUCUAGAGGAAAAGGCGCCGUCGCUUGUGAACCACGCGCUGCUGCUUCUGAACGUGC